AUCUAUAAGUGUCACACGACCAAUAGCCGUGUUUUCAGCUUCUCAGAUCGAUCUCAGGGAGGGAGAGAACGCUGAAAAUGGCGGACAACGAUUCACUUGCGGAGUUUCUUGCUGUCGCUGUGGAUGCUGCGAAAAGGGCAGGAGAGAUUAUUCGUAAAGGAUUUCACGAGAAAAAGAAUGUGGAGCACAAGGGACAGGUUGAUUUGGUGACAGAGACAGAUAAAGCAUGUGAAGAUCUCAUAUUCAAUCAACUUAAGGAACACUACCCUGAACAUAAGUUUAUAGGUGAAGAAACUUCUGCAGCAUGUGGAACUGCUGAGCUGACUGAUCAUCCUACAUGGAUGGUAGACCCCCUCGAUGGAACAACUAACUUUGUUCAUGGGUACCCCUUUGUGUGUGUAUCUAUUGGUCUUACUAUUGGAAAGGUUCCUACAGUGGGUGUUGUAUACAACCCAAUACUCAAUGAGCUUUUUACUGCCAUCCGAGGGCAAGGUGCUUUUUUGAAUGGAUAUCCUAUAAAAGCAUCAUCCCAAUCUGAGCUGGUGAAGUCCCUCCUUGCAACAGAGGUUGGAACAAAGCGCGAUAAAUCAACAGUAGAUGCUACUACUAAUAGAAUUAACAGCUUACUCUUCAAGGUGAGGUCCCUUAGAAUGAGCGGUUCUUGCGCUUUAAACCUUUGUAGUGUUGCAUGUGGUAGGAUUGAUCUGUUUUAUGAGCUUGGAUUUGGCGGACCUUGGGAUGUGGCAGGUGGGGCUGUCAUUGUUCAAGAAGCUGGAGGUUUUGUGUUUGAUCCGAGUGGAGGAGAUUUUGACGUAAUGUCUCAGAGAGUUGCAGCUUCAAACGCCCAUCUGAAGGAUUUAUUUACAGAAGCAUUAAGGGACUCAGGGGUUACUCAAUAAUCUUGAAGUUCUCCUAUUCUAUUUUGAUUUGUUCAUUAACAGUAAGGAUGGUCUUUAGAACCUUCUGCUUUUCUUUAACUAGAUAGCAUUGAUGAACAUUCUCGAAUAUUUAGGCAGUAGAUAUACGAUAUAUGAAUGAUGUGCUUGCCUAUAGACAAUGCAUAUAUUAUUCUUCUACAUUCAUAUAUGAUGUAUGUGAUUUGAGCCUGUAAGAUGGCAUUUUCUCCAAAUAUAAAGCUCAUCAUUCCUAUUUUUCA